CUCCCAUAAUGCACUUCUUCCUUUAAUUCCCGUCACUCCGCUGCCAGCAGCGACUUCCUUGCACCGGUCAAGAUGGCGGACAAAGCAGUUUCCUUGGUUGAGAAGCGACUCAUGGAUGUGAAGCUGGGUGAGCUGGGAAGCUGGCUUGGAGGUCGAGACUUCACCCCCAAUGGCAUCAUCUCAGCUGUCAGCAGGGGCCGUGACCGAUACUACAACAAGUACAUCAACGUGAAGAGGGGAGGCAUCGGCGGUAUCGCUAUGCUGCUCGCUGGCUACGUGGCCAUAAGCUACCUGUGGGAAUUCGAUCACAUCAAACACGAUCGCUGGAGGAAGUACCACUGAGCCCCUGCAGCAGCAGCAGCUAUCAGACCUUCAGGGGUGGAAGCUGGAUGUCUUUGCUCCCCCUGCUCUUUCUACCCUCAGCUCUGUUGUGUUAAUGUGUGACUUGUGACCAAUAAACAAUACUAAGAUUUA